AUGAUGAGCGGCAUGGUGUCUCUUUGUAGAAGACUAAGUAUUAAGGAUCUCGUUGCAAAUUCACCCGUUUAUACUCCGGCCACCCGUAUCGAACUUCUCUUUCUUGUAAUGCUCACAAAAAGCGGGCGUGACUCGCUUCCCAAGAAUCUCGGUGUUAAGGUAUUCGGUGGAGAGGGAGUGGUGCCUGGAAAUAUAAUUGUACGUCAAAAGGGGGACACGUUUCAUCCAGGAAAUUACAUUGAGAUCGGAAAAGAUCACACUCUUUAUGCUUUAAAGGAAGGGUGCGUCAAAUUCGAGCGUCCCAAACUGACUGGUCGAAAGUGGAUUCAUGUGGAGCCAAAAGAAGGUCAUGAAAUUCAUCCGAUUUAUGCGACUGCUGCUGGAGUAGCUCCUAUAGAUGGAGACCACAACUUAAACUUUUGUUUUUGCUAUAACGUUUCUUUUCAAAUAAUGAUUUCGUACUCUGUGAAAGGGUGUUUGGCUAAGUCUAUUUUAAACAUGUGA